CGCCUCUCGCCACUCCUCACUCCCCAUACGUCCACACAACACACUGCAACCUACACCUUCUCCAUCCUCAACACAUCGCUGCUUACGCCGUUGGUGGCUUAUAACUGCUUGCUGUCAACAACUGCCGUCUCCCGGGCUACUUCAUGUGGCUCCUCCUCCACGCCGUGCUCGGUGCGGCAUCGGCUCUCGCCGAUUCCCCCAGGGCCGGCUUUGGCGCUGUCGCGUCGCGUGCUGGACCGCCGAGCAGCGAGCUCGCGGAUCUCCGCGGGGCCGGCGUAUCGCCUGUUGCGUCGCACUGGUCCGCCAACGCGUCCCUGAUUCCGCCGGGGCGGCGACCAGGCAAGCCGAAGGACGACUGCCCGCCAUGCUUCAACUGCCUCCUCCCGGCGUUCAACUGCGGGCAGUUCGGCGAGUGCAACCAGUUCGACGGGCAAUGCCGGUGUCCCGCCGGCUUUGGGGGCCAGGAUUGUCUGACUCCAUUGUGUGGCUCGCUCGCGGACGGCGACGAGCGGUUCCCCCGUCCCGACAAGGAGCUGUGCAAGUGCAAGGACGGCUGGGGCGGCAUCAACUGCAAUGUCUGCAAGGACGAUCGCGCGUGCAAGGGGUUCAAGAUGCGUUACCCCGUCGACGGGUUCGAUGAUCCUUCGGGCCAUAACUCCGACGAUGACGAUGAUGACGACGAGAUGCGGAUGACCUGUUACCAGGGCGGCCUGACUGUCGACCGCGGUUUCCAGAUGUGCGAUGUUACCAACCGCAAGAUUAUCGACACUAUUCCCGGCAAUAGGCCUCCCCAGGUCACGUUCAGCUGCUCUGCUGGCGGCCCCAAGAGCAACUCGACGCUGGGCAAUGGCCGGUACGGACUGCUUGGCGAUGACUCGCUCGAACCGUCGGACGAGAAGGGAACCUGCGGAUUCCAGUUCUGGGUCGACCGCAUCGAGUCGUUCUACUGCAAGCUGGAGCAGUGCGACUGGAUGGCCGAGGAGGGAUAUGAUGGAAGCAAUGAGACCCACUACCGCUGUGACAAGGUUGAGUGCGCGUGCAUUCCCGGCCGCUUCCUUUGUGGCGAGGACGGCAGUGUUAACAUCGACGACUUUCUCAGCGAGGAGAUCAAGGGCCCCGGAAGCUUCAAUUGCAUCUCGGGCAAGGGUUGCACCUUCGAAGAACCAGCCAUGAACCAACUCAUCAACGACAUUUUCGGCGACCGCUCUAUCACACUGGACUGCGAGUCGGGCGAAUGUGUCCACUACACCCAGGUUCCCGGCUACAACCCGCCGCCCAAGCCCGACAACUCUGCUCUCGUUGCGCUUAGUGCCGCAAUCGCAGCGACCAUCUUCGUGCUUGCAUGCCUUCUCAUGUGGUACGCUGGCCGCGCUCAGCGCUUGCCCGGCCGCAGGUCCGGCAUCAAACUCCCAGAGGAGGAGGCCGCCAAAUUGAUGUCUGACCACGUUCCUGCCACUCUUCACUUCUCCAACAUCUCUUACACGCUUCCCUCUGGCAAGGAGCUUCUUUCGCACAUCACGGGAGCCACUCGGCCAGGCGAGAUCAUGGCAAUUAUGGGCGCGUCGGGAGCGGGCAAGUCGACUCUCCUCGACAUUCUCGGCCGGCGCGCUAAGACUGGCACCGUCACGGGCGAGGUGUAUGUGAACGGCCGCAUCCUCGACUCCUCGACCUUCCGUCGCGUAGUGGGAUUUGUCGACCAGGAAGACACCCUCCUUCCGACUCUUACAGUGUACGAGACGGUCCUCUAUUCCGCUUUGCUCCGUCUUCCUCGCGAGAUGAGCUACGAGGCGAAGGUUUAUCGCACCCUCGAGACAAUGGAGGAGCUGGGAAUCAUCGGCAUCAAGGACUCGCGCAUUGGCGAAACAGGCAAACGGUCCAUUUCGGGCGGUGAGAAGCGCCGUGUAUCUAUCGCGUGUGAACUUGUCACUGGUCCAUCGAUUCUCUUCCUCGACGAACCCACGUCUGGUCUGGAUUCAUACAAUGCCUACAACGUCAUUGAGUCGCUCAAGACUCUCGCGAAGGACUACAAUCGCACCGUCAUCUUCACCAUCCACCAGCCCCAGUCCAACAUCGUCGCACUCUUCGACCGCCUUCUCCUCCUGGCCCGCGGUCAGAUGGUGUACUCUGACGAUGCCCACAAGGCGCAGGAACACUUUGAGGGCAUUGGACACCCUUGCCCUCCAGGUUUCAACAUCGCUGACUUCCUCAUCGAUUUAACCGUCGAGGCCGCUGGUGACCACCGCAAGAGUGGAGCCGCGAGCGGGUUCGCUAGUGGCAUGGCAAGCGGUAUUGCAAGUGGGACAGACACGCCAGCCCGUCCGAGCGCCAGCGCGUCACGCAACGGACCUUCCGACGCCGAGGCUGGCUUUUCCUCGCACUCGAGGAGAGAUCACCUGCUGGCCUUCGAGGAGGGCGGUGCUGUGGAGGGUGUGACUGUGGGAAUCAAGAGGAAGGCUGCACGCCUCCUUGGCCUGUUCUCCUCUGGCACCGCAACCCCUCGUGACGCCCCCUACGCUGUGCCUGAACAGCUCGCGACUUUGGUACUUGCCUGCCGCGCGAGCGACGGGUCCAAGAUCACUGAGGCUGAGAUUGCACGCAUAGAGGCGGGCGAGUCGGCGGACGGCAUCCCCAACGACCAGCGGGAUGUGAGCGAGGAAAUCGCCCUGCUGCGCGGAUACGACAAGGCGACGUUCUGGACCCAGUUCCGCCUGUUGAGCGGCCGUGCAUUCAAGAACCUCUACCGCAACCCAAUGCUCAUGUUCACGCACUAUGUCGUCGCUAUCGUGGUGGCCCUGCUGUGUGGCUUCUUCUUCUACCACGUCACAAAUGACAUUCCGGGUUUCCAGAACCGUCUUGGCCUCUUCCUCUUCAUCUUGUCACUGUUUGGCUUCUCAACUCUCUCGUCGCUGGGCAUUUUUGCCAAUGAGCGUAUGCUGUUUAUGCGCGAGCGUGCCAACGGCUACUACGUCCCGGGAUCCUACUUUCUUUCCAAGAUCCUGUUUGACAUUCUUCCACUGCGCGUCAUUCCGCCCUUCGUGCUUGGCUCCAUUGUCUACGGCCUGGCCGGCCUCAACCCCGAGGUCUCGUGCUUCUGGAAAUUUAUCAUGAUCCUCGUGCUGUUCAACCUCGCUGCAGCGUCGAUCGUGCUCUUCAUUUCCGUGUCCGUCGCGGACCAGGGCGUGGCCAACCUCCUCGGCUCCCUCGUGAUGCUUUACAACCUUCUCUUCGCCGGACUGCUGAUGAACUACGACCGCGUCGCCGAAAGCCUGCGCUGGAUGCUGACCCUGUCCUUCUUCCAUGCCGCAUAUGAGGCGCUUCUCGUCAACGAGCUGCGGUACCUCCAACUCAUCGAGCACAAGUUUGGCCUCGACAUUCAGGUGCCGAGUGCCACGAUCCUGUCCUCGUUCGGGUUCCACGCCCAGGCCUUCUGGUGGCCCGACACGGCCCUGUUGGGCAUCGUCUUCGGAGUCUUCACCUUCGCCAGCUACCUGGUGCUCCAGUUCUACGUCAAGGAGCGCAGAUAAUACCCAUCG